AUGACUGUGUCCACUGAGAGCUCAGACCCAUACAACUCUCAGGGGAUGUUGGUGUCGAUCAGGAAACAAUUUUGCAUUUUGACAGGCAGUGUCAAAUUAGGGGUUAUUGAUGUCAUUGAAGAGGCUUAUCCGGACUUCAAAGUCAACGAAGGACACGAAGCUCGUGUCAAGUCGAUCUUCCAUGACUUGAGAGAGAAAGGCAGCAUCACCCGCAAGCCAGCUCGGGAGAAACAUCCAGAGCGAUCAAGAAGGCAGCUACCGACCAAGUUGUACUGUAGGGACGAUCCUUCUCAGAAUACCGUCGUUACUCUCGAAUCCUCAGAUACUGGCUGCUACAACGUAAUGGACCCAGCGACUCUCGCAAUCGUCAUGGCCCUACGUAUAGGCGCGACUGCUGCAACUUCAAUUGAAGAUCUCGUCGAAGCUACCAUUGCUCGACCAGAUCGCACGAUGCAAUGGGCAUUUCCCGAAAGACCAGUCCCCUGCUGCAUCGAGAAUGGUCAGGAUAGACACCUUGUCCUCGACGAACCAGCGUAUGCUACACAAUUCAACAAUACGUUAAAGGCUGCCGCAGCAAGAACAGGUGUUACCGUAAAGAUCACACCUCACGACAUGAAGAGGCGUACGGCGCAAGAGGCCGCAGCGCUCAAUAAAGCAACCGGCAUUGAUUCAGCUGCUCAAGUGCUCGGCCAUCGUCCCACCACUACCACGACUGGCUUUACUCAGAAGUAUGCCGGAGACAUACGUGCGGUCAACUGAGAACGCCGCACUACUCUAAAGGACGAUCUCGACUUAUCUUUGCAGACCGACGGCAAAAGACAAAAGAUCGCGCACCGACAGGGGAUCUUUACGCCUUCAAGCAAAGUGGACGGUACAGAACAGGCAGUAGUGAAGCUCGAGAGCAACGCGGAUAACUCGUUGGAGGCCGUGACAAGCAAUACAAACGCCAAAUUACGCUGAUAACCGCAAGUCACAGAGUGUCAAGUUUUGAAGCUGCCUCUUGUAUGACAGACGACGCAAAGCUGCUCGCAUUUGCCAGCACAGUUCCGGAAUUCUACUGUUUUCAAGCACGGAAAUUCGAGCUUGAAGAGUGUCGAAACAUCAUGUCCUUCGGUCCGGUGCAGAAUUGAGCACUGCUCGGACGAAACGCUGUGGGAUACCUACAAGAAACUUGACUUCCAUGAAGCUACGCACAGCUUUCCGCCC